AUGACUGCAGAGGUCUGCGGGAGUGGGACAGGGGAUUAGUGGCAUUGGUGCGCACGGGCACUGCGUUGAGUAGCAUGCGGCGAGAGGAAUGAGUGCAACUCUUAGUGCAACAACUGUGCGUACGGCGGGAGAUGGUGCGGGUGCGAGUACGGUCGUGUUGCGUUUCAGUUUAGUCCGGAUAUGUCCGUGGCAUCCGCCAGCGUGCGUACGACACACUUAGGCACGAGUUAGUCUCGAAGAAACGUAUUGCAAUUUAUCAUUGAGUGAUUAGUGCCUCGUAUGUGUGUUUUUUUCUCUCGUCCGAGUUGUCGGAGUUAAUAAAAAUGUGAUUGGCAGCGAGGGAGUAGCGAGACAGUUUCGAUUCCCCUCGCUAUUAGAAACCGCAGUCUCUUGACUUAAGGUCAUCAUCUAUACGCGACAUAUCAUCUGCGGUACACCUUAAAUAGAAACAUUAAGUUAUUUACCAGUUUAUUAAAAAUUAUUAAAUAAUAAUAUCAGCAAUUACAUAAACAUAAACACGCACACAUGUAUGCAUAUGUAUGUGCGUAUACGUAAAGUGAAAAAAAGAGAACCGAGAGACAAAGAACAAUAAAACAUGAACGAAAAGAGGGGAGACAGUAACACAAAAUGAGUUACAUAGCAGAAUGUCAUAGCGAAACGUCGCAAUUGUGGAGAAUGAGACUCUUGGGCCGAUCGGUCUAAGAUAUGCCAGCGAUAGCAGUACCUCAACAAACUUCAAUGACACUUUCUUCGACCGAAACAGCGAAACAGUGUCGUUCGUUGCCGUCAUCAUCAUUAUCCGCGUCGUUGUCUUGGAGUUGCCAGAUAUAUGCGUCUCGACCUGAUCUUUUCAUAUCAGCAAUUAUCGAUCCACGUCCAGCCAGAGCGGUACAUUGUCCAGAUUUGAACGCUUGUCUGAUAAACGAAUCACGCUCACAGCAGGACCAAGUGGAUUGUCGUACGAUCCACUUUGGCUACGCGAUACCUAUUAAUAUCGUGCCGGUGCAUGACAGUUCCGAGCUAGUUGAAUUGGUAUUGGAUCAAUCAAUUGAGCUGAGCAACCAGGCAGUGAAUUUUCUGCUCGACCAUCAUCCGCAGCUAGGUCGUCGGCGACGGCGUUCCUGCUACGGUAUGGCCGCCACGGCCAAGCAUGACUUGCGCCGAAAAUUUCCUACGGAUACCACGUCCCCUUCUGCCACUAGCCCCUCCGGUGAGGAGGACAUCGCCGCAAUCGCCAAGCAGAUCAGCGAUCACGCGGAGGCGAUUUAUCAAACGUGGAAAAGCCGUGGCCUAGCGCCUACGGAGAUCCUCACCUGUCACAGCAACGCGACUGCCGUCGACAAAUUUGGCAGUGCAUUAACACCUUGUGGCUCUUCCAUCGCUGUCGGAAACAGCGUCAGUGGCAAAGCAGCAUCGCCGUCCUCAUCGCUUGGAUGUUCACCAACCGCGGUAGACAUACUGAGUCAAACACCGAAUCUGGACAACGGCAAUCUAGAGAAACUAGUCAAUAACUUUGUAGUUGAGGAUAAAGCUAGAAUGGCCGCUUCUAAGCAGAAAUCCUCGUCGAAAUCGUUACCAUCGUCCAUACAAUUUGCCUUGCAAAAAUUCGAGCGGAACUUUGUGCAACAGCAACAACAGAUGAAUGUUCCCGCGAGAAAUAACGUAAUUGCAGAUAACACGAAAAAGUCGACGGCGGGCAUUAUAACGUCGCCUGUGACUUCGCCUUUCUCAAACAAACCAUCGCAGAUCGCGAAACCACAAAUUUCUGCUAAAGUACCUGGCUCCCAUCACUGUGAAGUCCUUCUGGAGACAAUUGAAACCACCUUUCCGGAUGAUUUGUCGCCCAUUAAAACGCAACCAAAGAGGCCUGCCAGCACGUUGAUCGGAUCCGCUGCCUCGUCACUGAAUAUUCCCGAUUCCUCGCGUUCGGUGAGUUCGGGUCUAACGACAUGGCCACUGAAGAACAAGCUGAACGAUGCCAAGAGAAUUGCAGAUGUGUCUUGCACAUCAGCCAAGACGCAACCAAGACAGGAGGACACUGUGAACACGUUACUGGCGAAGGAUAAGGAGCGAUCAGGAGUCAUGACAGGAACGAAUUCGCAAAGCACGUACCUCGAGGAAGUCGCGCGCGAGGAGGAAAGAUUGAUAAAUGCGUUGAAGACGGGCGCCGUCCUCACCGAAGAACCGGAAAGGAUAACGGCAUGCGUGCGCGAUCGACAGAAACCGGCCAUUAAGCGGGAGAAACCGAAGGUUGAAGUAGUCAAGCAGAUCAUCAUUGGUACUCAUAAUCAUGGCAUCAACUCAGCGGCGAAUAUAGCCAAUAUUGGCAAUGUCGCGACUUCCGCUCUCGUUGAUCAGCUUCCGUUGAACAAGACGAAAUUACUCAACAAGGACGACCUGUCCGCUAUGUCAACGGUGAACUACGCCAAGGUCAAAUAUCAGGCAGCCCAGCAGAGCUCGCCGAUGCAACAGCGACUUGAGGAACAACGAGCCGCUUCCGAUCAUUCGUAUAAUUCCAUCGCGGAACGACUAGUUUCCAGCACGAAGACACGAUACGAAAUGGAAAUACGAAAAAAUAAGGAUACCAAGGACUCGGACGUUAAGGACCCGGUGACGUCGAGAUGGGGACCAAGAAUCGUAUCACCGCGACCGCGCCCGGAACAAGCCGUACCGCACCCGGAACUAACUAGUCAGCAGCGGCAGCAUAUAAGGGCGGCUGUGGCGGCGACGGCAACGGGCAAUAAUCCUGUUAGACCGUUCCUUACAAGGGGCUCCGUGGCGGAGCGCGUGCUCAUCUUUGAAAAAUGCCCGAGUGAACUGCUGUUGGACAAGCGCGGACCACGACAACCGGCCAUCAGCACGUGGAGGAGCGGCCACGAGGUGCAGAACAAAGCUCAGGCUUAUACGAGAGAAAAGACUCAGCAGAAGGAUUUGCCACCGCACACGACGCUACAGAGGCAAGUGAAGGCUAACAGAAAUGUUUAUAUACCAAGAUUUUAUUUCCCCGGAGGAAAACCAGUUCCUUUAUCGCAAUUGGAGAACACUAUCUCAAAGAUCACUUCGGUUUUCCAGAGUUUCCCAAAUUGCCGCGCUUCUCGCGAGAAAUUUCAUGUCAUCACGAAGGCUUGUGACUUGCCCUUGUACUGGAAAGUACCACUUUUUAUGGCAGCAGGCGGUGAGCAGAAAGAAUAUGUUGAGAUGAAUGCGUUCUUGGAGUUUUGGAAAGAGCUAACAGCUGUUCAUCACGACGCAGCUAGUAAAUUCAUCAGAAUUGUAACUCUUGGACUUCAAAACGCUAUACUUCCAGAGGACCUAAUUCCACUUGUUCAAGAUGUCGUGGAGACACAUCCAGGAUUGACAUUUUUAAAGGAAGCCACGGAAUUUCAUUCCCGUUAUGUGCACACGGUGAUUGCCAGAAUAUUUUACUGCGUGAAUCGGAGUUGGAGCGGCCAGAUCUCUGUCGCUGAAUUAAGAAGGAGUAAUCUGUUGGCGGUGAUUGCCAUACUUGAGCACGAAGAAGACAUCAACCAGGUCACGGCUUACUUCAGCUACGAGCACUUCUACGUGAUAUAUUGUAAAUUUUGGGAGUUGGACCGUGAUCAUGAUCUCUUCAUAGACAAGAUGGAUCUAAUGAGACAUAAUGAUCAUGCGUUAUCAAGCCGCAUGAUCGAGAGGAUAUUCAGCGGUGCCGUGACGAAGGGUAAUAGAGCAAAAAGUGGUAACAGCACGCAGCAGUCGGAGGACAAAAUGAGUUACACGGAGUUUGUUUGGUUCUUGCUCAGCGAGGAGGACAAAAAUCACCCAACUGCCAUUGAAUACUGGUUUAGAUGUAUGGACCUGGACGGCGACGGUUACUUGUCAAUGUACGAAUUGGAGUAUUUUUAUGAAGAACAACUGCACCGAAUGGAAGCGAUUGGCUUGGAGACAUUGCCUUUUGAGGAUUGCCUUUGCCAGAUGUUGGACAUGAUCCAUCCGGUGAUACCAGGCAAGAUAUCGUUGAGCGACUUGAAGAAAUGCAAAAUGACCGCCAUCUUUUUUGAUACUUUCUUUAAUCUAGAAAAGUAUUUGGAUCACGAGCAAAGGGAUCCUUUUGCCUCAAUGAGAGAUCACGACGCUGACGGUCACGAGCUCUCUGAUUGGGAUCGAUUUGCAGCUGAAGAAUAUGAAUUAUUGGUCGCCGAAGAAAGUGGUAAUGAGCAGCACGAGGAGAUAUCACACGGUAUUGUGUCAUUGGGAUUAUCGCCAGAUACGAAGAUUUUGAUGGACGACCCGGUGAAUACGGCAAAAGAUAAAGACUCUUUUUCGUUAACAAAUUCAUCGGACACUCAUGACAUCGAGCACGUGACGCAGCAGCUGAGGCAGGAAGAUAACAGUGACAGCGACGAUUAUGCCAAUAGCGACAAUUAAUUUCUAGAUAAAUUCACUCGAUGUAAUUUUCGUUGAUGAAAAAAACUACAAAACGAAAUUUAUCACGUAGUCUCGGAGUUUAAAUUUAUCAACUAACGGUUAUUUCCAUUUGUGCACUAUUUGACAUCUUUUAAGUCUGUCAAUCGCGAUUGUACAAUCGUGAAUGAAUUGUGCUAGUAUCGUGUCCUACAUUCUUCGAUGAAAUUUUAGAGUGAUCGAAUGAUGCAUGCAGCUAUAACGUGAAUAUUUUUAUUCCCUUUUUUAUUCCCAGAUAUAAUAUGCUUCUCUAUUAACAUGUAUAUUUAUUUAGCAGAGUUCAUUCAAUAUAUUACACGAUUGCAUACAGUACAAAUAGAUAUUAUGUAGGAUAUAGAGAUGCUGCAAUAAUACAGUAUACACACACACAUACUGAAGUAUGUGUGUGUGUGCACGUCUGUGCUUGUGUGUGUAUGUGUGCGUGUGUGUAUGUGUACAGAUACAUUAUACAUUUGUAAUAAUGCACAGUCUGUUAGAAAUCUAACCAUCGCUGCCCGAUCAUGUGAUACGUAGAAUAUUGUUCAAUCGCAUACAUCGCGAGCGCCAGGAUGUAAAUAAAACGUCAUAUCAAUCGUCGACUUUUCCCUUCAGAAUUGUCAUAAUCGUUAUUCAAAGCUUAGACAUUACUUGAAUUUUGGUUGUCCAAUAUGAAUCCUCUACGGUAAAAUUUCUACAUAUUAUAUAUAUAUACAUAUUUGUGUGUCCGCAAUAUUAUCAGUUUGGUGAAUCUAUAACAUAGUUCAACAAAAAAAAACACCGGAGCAGGACUAGUCGUUUCUUAUAGGUUUUUGGAUUCGCUGAACACGAAUCUGGUUUCCAAAUUGCUCCAUCACGUCACAAUUUUGAGAAAUUUACAAUUAAAGUUGCAAAAAAGGGCUAUUUUGACAAACUUCAUCCUAGUGUUGAGCCCGUGCUGAGCUUGGCAUCCGGUAUGUGGAACAACUAGAUAGAAGACAACAGAAAAAUCAAUAACAGGAAAAUCGAUAUUGAAAAAAAUGAUUUGGUCUCCGGGUGAAUUUUUGGUGUCCCGGGCGAGCCCCCAAAAUGUGUCCGGGGCGAUAUCCGCCGCUACGCACACGCACUCACUUCUGCACUACACUCGCGCAACUCUCACCAGCGAAGGGAGGAAACUCUUCUCUUUAUCAAAACUGCACUACAACUUUAUUUAACGGGAAGAAUCUCAUGCGCUGAGAAUAUACGUCUGCACGGCACGAGGCCACGUCUAGAUUUUAGAUCUGAUCUAUUUAUUCGUUGUUUAUUCGCCCGGAGACUCCGUGGAGUCACGCAUGGAUCUUCGCGUCUUUUCUCGCAGCUGACCAUCAAUCAGCUGCUCCGUUAUGUCCGGGUGGCCAAUGAUGAAGUUUGUCAAAAUAGGCCUUUUUGCUAAACUUUAAUUGCAAAUUUCUCAAAAUUGUGACGUGAUGGAGCAAUUUGGAAACCGAAUUCGUGUUCAGCGUCCAAACAAUAAUAAAAAACGACUAGUCCCGCUGCGGUGUUUUGUUUUUUGUUGAACUAUGUAAUUGAUAGCAUUACUGCAUGAAGUACAAUUCUAACAAAUUGUUUUUCAGUAAUAUAUUCAGAGAAUGCCCCAAAAAUCCACACAUUUUACAAAAUUGCAUAAAUUUUUCAAAUAAGUUGUUUAAUGGCAUGAUGAUUAAUAUUUUGUAUAAAAUUAUACAAAUUGUUAUUGUAUUUGCAAUAUCCUUUAAUAGUUCUUAUUAUUAUUAUGUUAUUAUAUUAGCAAGCUGUAUCAAAGGAAUAACAUUUAGAGAUCUUAACGAACGCGUAUUUUUCACAUAAAAAUAUGAAUAUACAACAAUUAUGUUAUUAAGCAACUUGUUUCAACUUUGUACCAUUUCAUUAAAGUGCGCCAAGACUGUUGAGAGAGGACGAAACCUAGAGCAAGCAAGAGAGACAGAGAGAGAGAGAGAGGGAAAGAAAGGAAGAUUGAAGGGGGGAGUAGGAGAGAAAACAUUCUGUAUAAGACAUGAGCAUAAAUAUGCUUUGUAAAUAAUUACAUGUCAAAGAAAAAUUUAUAAAAAUCGGAAUAGUAAAUUACUUAUUUGUAUGAUGAUGUUUCUCCUUACAAAAAGAUUGUAAGAUUGUAACAGAAAUGGAAUUAGCCUUUGAAGAGAUUAUCUCUUGUAACAAGAUUGAUUGUUAUCCGUACUUGUAUCAUACACGAGAUGCUUUUCGUUAAUUAAAAAAAAACGGAUACAUGCUGAUUUUUUAAGAAAAGAAGAAACGAGGAGCGAAUUAUUUUCCUACAAAUUUUCACUCUCUUUUUUCAUGUUGUGUGCUAUUACCAUAUCUACUGUUGACAGUCAUGAUGGAACGACAUAUGUUUAUAAAUAUGUGACACCACACCACACAUACAUACCUACCUACCUACAUAUAUACAUAUUAUAUAAUUAAAAAUAAUAAUAUAUGUAUAUGAUACUUUCUAUAUAUUUAGCGAUAGAAUGACAUUUAUAAAAUUGUCAUUGUUUUUAUUUCCUAGUCAUGUUUUAUAUAAUUACGAUUAUAAGCGGAUGAACGUAACGUACGUUUCUUCGUGUUAUGAAUGAAAAAUUUAGUUUUCUCCAUUUUUACGUACGAAAUGUUGCAUUAUGAUAUAUUUAAUUUGAAUCUUGUCGGAUGAUAACUCUUGCUCUCUUCCCUCAGUGAUUAACUGAGAUUAACUCAGUGAUUGACACUGACAGUAUGCUAGACUAUGUUGUAGUAUUAAAGAUAUUCAUAUAAGUUACGUGAGUGACACAUGAAAAGUCUAACGUACAUAUGUUUUAAGUUAUAUACAAUAAUAUAGUAAAAUACUAUGAGAGUUUGUUAUACUAUUAUUAUUGUUAUUAGAUUGUUAUUAUGCCAUUAGAUUAUGUUAUUAGAUUAUUACGCGAUAUUUAUAUAUUCGUGAUUCUAAUUUUUAUUUCCCUUAAAUCUUAAAGUUUUUUACGAAAGCGCCAAUAAUUCACAAAACAAUUCCGGUAAUAACAAGACUAAGAUAUUGUCCCGAUCUGCAAUCGAUUUUAGGUUUGCAAACACGCCAAUAUCGCAAAUUAAUAGGAUUUUAUAAAAAAUGAAACGGUUAAUGAUAUUUAUAAAAUCAAAUAGUAUUUUAUUCAUUGUUUCAUUAUAAAAGUUACAUUUUUAGAGAUAUCCUUUUUCCUUCUAAUUGCUGUAGAGAAAUUAUUAUUGAGAAAUGAUUAUAUAUUUAUGUAUUAGACUGUAGAAAAAUAAUUAUUACACAUUAAUAUACAUUAUAUAUUGUUAUACGACAUCGUUUUACUGAUACGUUUGCGAAGAAGAGUGUCAUGUAUAAACCAAAGAAGUAAUGGUUGCCCUUUAGCAUGAAGGACUGAGUGAAAGGACUAAGCAUAAGCGUUAAGAUAUGCAGAUUUAUAAUUAGAAAUCACCAUUAUUCGAGAAUUAUCAAUGGUAUGUUACUGGUCCUCCGAGCAAAUAAUCGAAAUCUUAUCGAAUAUCAGCAUCUCGUUAAUGUGAUAUUUCGUUAAUCAUUACGUUUGCAGAUACUUAAACGAUGUAAGAACCUUCCAACGAAUAUUUAGUGAUACGUAUUAAAUCCAGAUAGAAGUUAUUCAGAAUUUUCAGAAUUAGAUAUUUACUUUAAAAAUUUAAUAUUAUAAUGUGAUCAAAAUAUUCUUAUUGAUGAUAUUUAGCUCGGCUAAUUUACGAAUUUUUUUCACAUCAUUAUUAUUAAGAACUUGGUAGUUUUAACGCUAUAAACCCAUCAAAUACAUUUUCAUAUUACCUAGUUAGUUGAAGUAAAGCGUGUAUCAGAUAAACUGUGUUGCAAGUGAACAAUAAUAACGAAAUUUGGAAGAGCUAAUUUUGGAGAAUUCACGUCGUAUUUCUUCGGAGGGAAAGCUUCAAAGCCCGAAUUUAAGACGGCUGAGCACAUUAAUUUGUCAAAAAAGUUUGUCACACAGCAAUGUGUAUGUUAUGUCGUUGUAUAUUACGCUGAUUGUCACGCCAUAAAUGCACUUCGAGCGCUCCAGAUUUACCAUUUUGAUAUAACAAAACGACGGAAAAACAAAAUUAAAAAUUCUAAAUGUUAAUUUGUUUGAAGUAAAAACUCUUGAAAAACUUACUUAUAGAUCUAAAAUUAUGAACAUACGUAUGUUUUAUCAGUAUACGUGUAUUUAAAGGAAAAAUUUAUAAAUGCCAGAGUACAAUAAUAAUUAUAAUUUAUCUUGCGAAUACUUCGCAACUGAUAAUUAUUUCUCGUAGAAAGCAAGUUUUAGAAAAGUUUGUAUUUUACAUAUUUCCAACUUUUCGUGCCUCCGGUGAUUUCCGAUGAUAUUUUUAUUGCAUGGUUUUCCUUCGUAUUCCAUAAUACUUUAUAGUACUGUGAAUUGCAAUCGCAAUUAUAUUACGAAAAAUUAUAUAUCGUAAUAAUUAGAGUGACCACAUUUGCAUUCACGUAUAAUUCGGAGAUUUUGAAAAGACAAGUUAAUUAAUAAGAGCAUUCAAAAAUUACAUAUGAGGCUUUCGCAUUACUAUCAGUUCUGAUUUCUCGAUUGAAAUCGCGUUCCCUGUCAUUUUGUUUCCGACAUGAAUUUCAUGAGCAUUUCCCUUUAAUUCUUUAUCAAGGGCAAGAAGUAAUCUGAUACUGUAAAAUAACAAAAAACGCGGCUUCAUUCAGAAACCAAAACUAAUAAUAAGAACAUUAUUCUAAAAAUCUAAUUUCUUGCGUUGUUGUAAUAAAUAAUAAUGUAUAAACAAAAAGAAAUAACCAAGCGUUUCUUUUAAAUUUAUAAUACACAUGUAUACUAAUGUAACAAGUAAUCUUAUAUAUUUUGCAAAUAUAUUAGAAUAAAAUGUAACAGUAAUUUAUUAUGCAUAUACUUCUCUUAAACAUACGUUUUAUAUUUCAACAACGUUUCAGGAAUUCUUUUUUGUGCUUAAAUCGUCAGCGAAUUACUGAUACAUUGUAUUCAAACUUAAUUUUGUACAUAAGUGUUUUGCUUGCUUUAUUAUUGCCACAUUUCUAUUUAUUACGCUCAUUACGCAAUCUGGAAAAAUAAUAAUACGAAGCAAGACUCGGAAAUGAGACAUAAUAAUUAAAAAAUUCCGAACGAUAUUUAAAUAUAAUUAUCUUACUAGGAAUAAAUGCAGUUUAGAAGCGUCUUACAAAUGUACAGUCCAAAAUGUAAUAUUUAUUGUAACAACAAUUGAAUGAUGUUAGUAACUUUCAUCACCAUAUCUGCUAAUAAUUAUUGAAUAUAAUAUAUACCCUGCUUAUUAUUAUUUGCAUUAUUGUUGUACAUAUACGAGGACAAUGCGACAAAUCAUUUUAUAUUCUACUUUUAUUAUCGAGGAUCUGAUGUUUUUUAAUAAAGACAAUGAGUUGCAUUCAAAUUGCAUUUGUGUCGCAUAUAUAUUUGUAUAUUAAUAAUAUAGCAUCUAAUUGUCGAGAAAAAUGGUAUCAAGAUUUUAAGAUUAAAGUGCAGUAGAUGCACGUAUAAAUUUCGAAAUUAUUGCGGCAUUUCGCAGCAAAGAUUAAGAAAUCGUUCGUAUUUGAUUCUUGAGUGCGAUGCAUAUAUCAUUCUUUGGAUGUGUUUAUUAAGUAUUAAAUAAAUUAUUAAUUAAAUUAUUAAUUAUUAAAUAAAUAAUGAGGUGGUGUGCAUAAAUGAAAAAAGAUAAUCUUCAAGAGUAAAUCAACAUCACCGAAAAAUUUGUAUGGGAAUUCAAUUUUUAUGUCAUAUUCUUACAGCUGAUUUCAAGACUUCUUCACUAUUUAUUUGUUUUUUCUCGAUAAAUCAUUGCUGAGAUAUAAAAGUUAACAGAUUAAUCCAGAUUUAAUCAGCUCACUAUCUUAAAGUAAUUACGUUUGAGAUAAAGGAAAGAUCUUGAUUGACUUGAUAUGUUCAGUCCUUAAGCUCAGAUCGAGCUCACCUUGAAUUUUUUAAAUAUAUUUUCUAUUCUAAUUCUACUUUUAGCGUAUGAACAACGGCAUAAACGUAGUACUAGUUUCUAUUCUCCUUGGGAUAUUUUAACGUGAGUUCCCUUGCCUCUCACGAUGGUGUGCUUUGUUAUAUAAUUAUGUAUACCUCCUUGCCUUUCACGAUUUUUCUUAGAUUUAAAAAUUUUAAAUAAAAUUUUCUUAAAUUACAAAAGAUGUUCAAAGACGUUUCCUUCAAAGAUAUUAUAUAAUUUCCUCGAAUGCAUAACGCAAAUUCUCUGCAGAGGCAAGAGAACUUACAUUACACAUAAAUAACAAAGCAUUGUGACAGGCAAGAAGAUUCAUGUUAGUAAAAUACCCUAAAGGAAUAGAAAAUGUCCACGCCGUUGUUCCUGGAUAGCACUAAAAGUAGAAUUGGAAUAACAAAAUGUAUUUAAUAUAAAUAACUUCUCUAUGUCGCCAGUAAAAUCCCAAAGCAACGAAUCCUUCUUUAUUAUUGACCACAACUGGCAAAUACAGAAAAUAAUCGAUCACAAUCGUUUCGACCUUUAUUUUAGGUCCUUUUCAAGUGAUUAAAUCAUAUAAAAUGUUAAAGUCAUUUUCUAAAAAUCAUCUUUUUUUUGAAUGCAUGAAAUAACACACAAUUUUCCUAUAAUGCGUAGAGGGCAUUAAUGAGCUUUUUGAAAUUAUUCGCUUCAUAUAUCAAUCAUUCCUUUCACAUUUUUAGAUUGAUGAAUAGGUAUUAUAUAUAUAAAAAUAAAUAAUUUACAAAAGUCAACAUGUCUACACAAGACUAAUCUUAUUGUUCGAGCUUUCUGCGUUUCAAAAUAUUUUUCAUAAUUUUACGAGAAUUUUAAUGUAUUCUAUCUGAACUUAUGAAACUAAACAAAUAAAACGUAUGGCGCUCUAGUCAUAUAACUAUUUAUAUCUUAUAGUAUUACUUGUAUACACAAUAAAACAAUACUUACUAGAUCUUAUUACUUAUAAUAUAACAAAAGGAUGAUAGUGUAUAAAAGUUCAAUUCCGGACGCCGGAUUCAUGAUGCUAGCAGAUGAUAUAUACAUAUAUAUGUAUAUAUUGUGCAGGUAACUUUUGUUGACUGUCCAAAGAUGUGUCCAACUUAUAAUAUAAAAUAUUAUUUUAUCUUUAAUAGUACAUUAUAUAAGAAUCUUCAUUAUGAUUAUAUAUAGUAUUACAUUUUACUAUAUUUUCUGGAUAUUACAUGUUUUCAUUAUAAAAUGUUGGAAUAAAGAUAAUAACGACGAAUAACAUGCAAUUAUAUAUUUACGUAAGUGACUGUGUCCUUUGACAUAUAUUUGUAUUUAUUUAUACAUUUAUUCAUGGAAAUUAUAGUUGUUCUGUUCAUGUAUGCAUUUCAGUAUAUCUCAAUAAAUCUCAAUAAAUAAUAUUAUAACACG